AUGGCGGAGCAAGAAAGGACAUUAAAAGAGCUUUCAUCUCCUGAUGUUAAUUACCAAGCUUUGUGCCUCGAAUUUCCUACUGUAGAAACUAUUGCUUUUGAACUUAAACCUGGACUAAUAAAUCUUUUGCCCAAGUUUCCUGGUUUAGCAGGUGAGGAUCCGCACAAGCACUUGCUGGAGUUCCAUAUCGUAUGCACGAACAUGAAACCCCAAGGAGUUACAGAGGAGGCGAUCAAACUCCGAGCUUUUUCUUUCUCUAUGCAGAAUGCUGCUAAGGAUUGGCUAUACUCUCUAUCACCAACAUCUGUCACAUGCUGGAAUGAUCUGAAGAGGGCUUUCUUAGAAAAAUUCUUCCCUGCAUCUUUAACUGCAUCUAUAAGGAAGGACAUAUGUGGCAUCGGACAGAUUACAGGAGAGACACUCUAUGAGUAUUGGGAACAGUUCAAGAAGCUUUGUGGCAGUUGCCCCCAUCAUCAUAUUAGCGAUCAACUUCUGAUCCAAUACUUCUAUGAAGGACUGCUACCUAUGGAUCGGAACAUGAUUGAUUCAGCCUCUGGAGGAGCAUUAUUUAACAAAACACCCGCUGCUGCGAGAAAUUUGAUUGAGACUGUGGCAGCCAAUUCUCAACAAUUUGGCACUCGUGCAAUUUCACAAACCAAGGCUGUGAACGAGAUUUGCAUUGCUGGUACAACAGAUAGCCUCAUUACAAACAAAUUGGAUGAUUUGCAAUCUAUGAUUAGGCAGAUCGCCUUGAAUCAGAACCAAUGUGCACCUGUUCCCACGCCCCAACGCACUGCUAUCGUUUGUGGUAUCUGCACUUCACCUGAGCAUCCCACUGAUGCAUGUCCUACCCUUCGAGAGGACGAACAACAAGCUGUGGUCAAUGGAGUUUUCACUGGAGGACAACAAUACAGACAACAAAAAUAUGAUCCUUUCUCUUAA